AAAAAAAUGUUUGGAGCUGGAGGAAUUCGCAUAUUUCAGUUGAAUAUUUUAUCCUUAGUUUAAUUAUUAAUCAUGUUUUAACCCAAAAAAUCUCUUUUACGUCUUCUGUAACGUAAAAGAAACUCGGAAAUGUAGUAUUUAUCUCUUAAAACCGACUUAUACCGGGAGUACAUUCCGGUUAGAAUUUUUUGGUGUUUAAUUUGAAAGUUAGUUUUGUGAAGAUGUCAGACGCUUGGGAAGAGAUCCAGGCUGUGAAGAGCAAGCGGAACAGUCUGCGGGAGAAGUUGGAGAAGCGGAAGAAAGAGCGGCAAAACAUUUUGGGCGCUUCAUUGGUCACUACUGAGAAACCUGAAGGUUCGCCGGGUAGUAAAGAACGUGCUGGCUCCAGCCCCGCUUCGAAAUCGGAACCUGCCCCAGUGGAGAAACCGAAGCCGGUCCCGUCAGCGUCUCUGGAGGUGCAACUGCUGCAAGUGUUGUCGGACAUGCAGUUGCAACUGCCGGCGACUGCCAGUGCUCUACUGCCCGGCCUAGGGGACGUGGAUGCCGGAAUUGUUGCCAGUUUACUGCAAAAAUUUGCUACGCAAAAGCUGAUUACCAUCAGAGAACGUACAGAAACAACAACAGACCAGAGCAUAGAAGUAGUGAGCGCCGAGUCAGUCCGUCUGGCAGCAGUCCUAGCAGCAUUGAUUGAGGAGCAGGCAUCCCCGACCCUCAAGAGGAAAGGAGACAGCGUCACAGAGGAGGCCAAGCCCAAAGUCUCCAAACUUGCUAGUGAUGAUAAGAAGGCCGCGAAAGGUGACACUGAUAUUAUGUCUCUGCUGGCCAUGCCGUCGAGUCGAGAGAAGGCAGUGAAGAGAGUUGGUGAAGAGAUCAUGGAUUUGCUAAGCAAGCCCACCGCUAAGGAGAAAUCUCUGGCUGAUAAGUUUAAGAGUCAAGGAGGCGCGCAGGUGAUGGAGUUCUGCCCGCACGGCACCCGCGCGGAGUGCGGCCGCGCCGCCGCCGCGGGCGCCGCGUGCCGCAAGCUGCACUUCAAGAAGAUCAUCCAGGCGCACACCGACGAGGCGCUCGGGGACUGCUCCUUCUUGAACACCUGCUUCCACAUGGACACCUGCAAAUACGUGCACUACCAAGUGGACAGCACAGAUCCCAAUGCAAACGUCAACAAGUCUACUGACUCCACACAAAAAGGUGCACAUAAUGGUACAACAUUGGCACCGAAGCCAGACGGUGUGUUGACAUUAACUCCACCGCAAUGGAUACAGUGCGACCUCCGAUAUCUGGACAUGACCUUCCUAGGCAAGUUCGCGGUGAUAAUGGCGGAUCCGCCGUGGGAUAUCCAUAUGGAACUUCCCUACGGCACCAUGUCUGACGACGAGAUGAGGUGUCUCGGAGUGCCACAGCUGCAGGACUCGGGGCUCAUCUUCCUCUGGGUCACCGGCAGGGCCAUGGAGCUGGGUCGCGAGUGCCUCAAGCUAUGGGGCUACGAGCGGGUGGACGAGCUGAUCUGGGUGAAGACCAACCAGCUCCAGCGCAUCAUACGCACCGGCCGGACGGGGCACUGGCUCAACCACGGCAAGGAGCAUUGUCUGGUGGGAAUGAAGGGCAACCCUGAGAAUCUGAACCGCGGGCUGGACUGUGACGUCAUCGUGGCCGAGGUGCGCGCCACCUCGCACAAGCCAGAUGAAAUAUACGGCAUAAUUGAGAGACUUAGCCCUGGGACGAGGAAAAUAGAACUGUUCGGACGACCACAUAAUGUACAACCGAAUUGGAUAACCCUAGGCAACCAGGUGGACGGCGUCCGGCUGGUAGACCCCGAGCUGAUAGCAGCCUUCAAGAAGCGCUACCCUGACGGCAACUGCAUGGCGCCUCCGCCCCCCGACCCCGGCCUGCCCUAGCUGUCAGACCCGGCCACUGGGCUCUAGACCACCCCAGGGCCUGAGGGUUAAAUGGCAACCAUUGUGUAGUGUAGUGACUUGACUUUACUCGACAGUGGCGCCAACUGGUGAGCAUAAAAACGAUACCCACUUUCUAAAAAUGUGUAUAGUUUCAUACCGCGUCGCCAUUUUAUGUACACAUUUGAUAUUAAGGGUGGUAUUAACACUUUCAAGGACAGAACGUCUAAUAACGUUCCGAUCCCAAGGUGUCAUAAAUAUUACCUAUUAUGAACCACCAAUGACCCAUGAUCUCUGUCCGUGAAAGGGUUCAUAAACGAAUCUCAGCUAAGACUGCCCUCAAUCGUGCUCAAGUUCGUGUUUUUUCUGUAAGAACUGUCACAUUGACAUGAUUUUGGAAGCAGUCUCGAAGCUGAGAUUAGUUUAUUAAUAAUUAAAUACCACCCUUGUGAGUUUUGAGUUUGUUUUAAUAAACACGUAUGGAAUGGUAAUCCUCCGCCCCGCACCAAUUCGUAUCGGACGCCGACCUCACCCCCUCUGGGUCUUAUUUUAGUCUUAAAUAGCCGUAAGCCGCUAAGGAGUUAGAGAUUCCUUUUAACAGUGUCUCGUUCGCCCUAUCGCGUUAAGAAACUGAUAGACUUGAGCAUUCACUUGUAACAGAACAUCGAGCAUUCGCCGUUUUUAUAUUUGUCGAACUGAACAACGAGCCGAGCCAAGCAUAAAGCCAAACAUUGCUAUGAACGUUUUCAUGAGCAAGAACGCUCGAUAGAAUGCUCGCUAAAAUGUUCUCGUAUUGUAACAUUCGCACAAAUGCUCAUUACAAGUGAAUGCUCAAGUUUAUCAGCAGCUUUAGGGUUGAACUACACCUAAUAGCACCUAUCCUUUUCUGUCACAUAGAAUCGUCAUUGGCUAGAGCGAGAAAGCGACCGCACGCGGCAGAAUCGACGAGCCAAUAGCAUGCGGUCGCCCUCUCUUGCUCUAGCAAAUAACAUUUCUGAGUAACAGAAGAGGAUAGAAGCAUAGGAAAGUUCGACAUACGCGGUUCAUACCUCAGGCGGCACACGUUGAAAAUGAGAUUUUUGAAUGAAGUGCAAGUUGUGCCUUUUAUCGAAAAUCACCGUAUACAUACGGCAGGAUAGCAAAGGCCUAGGAGCGGUGUUCAGUUGCCCAAAUGCGGAUUAACUUAGGUUAUAUUUGUUUGUGUAAAUGUUUUACAUAAUGUCAUAAAAAGUUUCAAAUAAGGAAAAUCUGUAAAUAUUGUAAAUAAAUGAAUCGUAU